AUGGCAAAAUUCAAGAGAAAGUUCAACAAAGGUCACGCUUUUACAAGCAAAUGUGUUUCCUUGGUGAAGGAACAGCGAGCUCGUCUCUACAUUCUCCGCCGUUGCGCCACCAUGCUUUGUUGCUGCUCCAUUGAUGUUGAAGCUCUCCCUUUGGUGUUGGUGGCUAGUACUUGGUUGCAUGGCUUGAUCCCUUCUUCAAGAACUUUUUGA